AUGCGUUCUGUACGAAAUAUUUAUAUCUUAUUUUGGAUAAGCUUGAUUACUUCAGUCCUAGCCCAAAAUUUCUAUGAUUCAGAUCCACAUAUAAUCGAAUUAACAACUAAAAACUUUGAUCAAGUCAUUCACAAUACCAAUUAUACCUCGUUGGUUGAAUUUUAUGCCCCAUGGUGUGGAUAUUGUAAGAAAUUGAAACCCACAAUGCAUAAAGUUGCUAAGAAGCUUGGUGGGACUAUCCAAGUUGCGACAGUGAACUGUGAUUUACAGAAGAACAAACAACUAUGUUCACAACAUCAAAUUCAAGGUUUCCCUACUUUAAUGAUAUUUACGCCCCCUAAAUUAAGCCUCCAAAAGAAGAUGAAAGAGUCUGGAGAAUCUACUAAACAUUUCAAUGAACCUUAUAAUGGAGAACGGUCUCUUAGCUACAUUACUGACUUUGCCCUAUCAAGAAUGAAGACAUACGUUAAGAAAUUAGUUCAUAUGGAUAAGCUUAAAGCGGUAUUAGACAAAUCUUCGAAAACUAAAAGAUUCUCGGUCCUUUUAUUUUCCAAGAAUGACAAAAUUACUCCUAUGUUCAAAAGUAUGGCUAUUGAUUGGCUAGAUAAAUGUGAUUUUUAUCAGUUUCAUAAUAAAAAAUUGAGCAAACUGACUAGUGGUAACGAAUUGUUUAUUUCUUAUCCACAUAUUUCGACAUCUUUGAACGAUUUACUCGAAUCUCAAAGCAAAAGUAGUAAAAGUAAACUAGUGAUACUAGACGGUUUACAGGAUGAAAUAUAUGUUUUUGAAGGGCAACAAAUUAAUAAAGUUGAAGUUGCCAAUUUUAUUUCCGAUACUCUCGAUAUCUUACCAAGAGAGGGGCCGCUAAGUAAACGUCACAAUUUCUUGAAAAUUUUACAAUCAGGUAAAAAAUCCAAACCGUCCAAAUCACACAAGAAAUCACAAAGUAAGCAUGAUGAAUUGUAA